AUGGAUUUUGCAGAGAAAUUGGGCGAUGCCUCUCAGAAGAAUAACUUAGAUGAGCAAGAAGAAAUAGUAUAUUCAUGGGAACAAGGCCUUGUAAAAAAUUGGGAAAGAUUAGUUGAAACAGAGAGCGGACUUGUUGUAAUUGAUGAUGAAAGUAAUUUUGAUUUGAAUAAUGCAACCAUAAAUUCUAAUAUUGAAUUGCUAAAAAAUAGCUCAAAUACUAAUAUUAGGCGUGGCUUACUAAGAAAUAUUGUAAUUAUUUUAGAUAUGACUUCUAAUAUGUUGGAGCUCGACUACAAGCCCGACAGAUUGCAGUGCAUGAUUAGAUGUAAUGAAGUUUUCAUCAAACAGUUACUUGAAGACAAUCCUUUAACCCAAAUUUCGGUUAUUUCUAUCUACGAUGGUAUUGGAGAAGUAAUAAUAAGUUAUAACUCUAACUUUCUCGAAAUAAUAACAAGCAUUUUAAACUAUCUGAAAAAGGGUUGUAAGGGAAGUAUGUCAAUACAAAAUGGUCUUGAGAAAGCCAAAUAUCUAUUAAUUUCAAUUCCUCCAUAUGGAACAAAAGAGAUUAUAUUUUUUUUAGGUAGUAUGAGGAGUGUAGAUAAUUCUUUUUUAUUCAACGAAUGGGUGGAAGGCUUUUCUACUAAUAAUAUAACAAUUAAUGCAGUACUGUUUAUUCCAGAAUUAUACAUAAUUAAAACAAUCACAAAAAUGACGGGCGGCGUUUGUUUAUGUGCAAUGAAUAAUGAUCACCUACUUAAGCUUACCCUUGAGAAUUUUAUCAAGCCACCACCGAGCAAUACAACAAAUACCCAAUUGAACAUUAACCUAGUUACAAUGGGAUUUCCUGAAUAUGUUAGUAAUCAAACCCAUCCUUUUGUUUGUUCAUGCCAUCAAUCUUUAACUCAUUAUGGGUAUUCCUGCCCAAAAUGUAAGUCGAUUAUUUGUUAUUUACCAACGAAAUGCCCAGUUUGUUCUAUUUAUUUGAUUUCCCCAAAUCAUCUUGCAAGAUCAUUCGCAUAUUUAUUUCAACACCCAAACAUUAUUCCUACCAAAAAUGAGGAGUGCUCAAAAAACGAGUUUGAUUAUAUAAAAGAAAAAUGCGAGUUAUGCGAAAACUCGUUUUUCAAUAAUAGCUACUUGAUUUCUGGGUCAAAACAAAAUGUAAACAAGUACCUUUGUACAAAUUGCAAUACUCACUUUUGUAACGAAUGUUGCAAGUUCAUUCUUAAUAAUCUACAUCAAUGCCCAAUUUGCUGUUCGUUGAAAAUUUCGUAG